AAUGAAAAAUGGAAGCCAACAUGCGGUAAAAGCUCCCAUGAUGACACCCAAUGUGAUAAUUGCUUUGCCUUCUCGGCUUGAGGAUUCUUUAUGCUUUUUCUUUAAUAAACCAGAAAUCGCCGCUCCCGCACUAGUUAAUGAUUUACGAGGUUUCGAUAACAUGUGGGCUGAAGAGUCGCCGGAAGAGCGAUCGUUGUUCUUAGCCUGGUCAGAAGACCUUCUCCUAUCGUCUGAGAAAGCUGUGCUCGCUGAGGCGCUAAUCAUACUGCACCGAGGUUGA